GCUGGGGGUUUCAUGCACUUAAUAAGAGAUUCAAUGGAUUCUGCCACGUGAUACGUCUAGUCACAUUCAUAGUACCCAUAUUUUUCUGAUCUCUGCUCAAGCACACUAGCGAUAGCUCUCACUGGACGUUUUUAAAUUUCUAUUUUAAAUACAUGUCUCCGCUUCACUGCGCAUGCUCCUGUACCAAUUAUGAUUGGUUAGCGUUUUACACGUGAUUAGAAAAACACAUAUUUGUUCGAAAAUAGUCAUUUAGUGACGUCAAUGGUAACUAGUUUUUUUAAAUUAUCUAUGAUGUUUCACAUAGGACAAGAUUUGUUUUUUUCACCAUCGCGUCGGAUUGUAACAUGAUGGGUUUUAAAGUUUUCUCUUUAAUCAUAUUGUUUUUUGCUGUUAAAUACAUUUUUACAGAUAAUUAUUUUCACAUUAUUCACAACGUCAAUUCCAUUACAAAGGGAAGGAUCAUAAAGCAUGCUAGAGGAUUUAUAAGAACAGCUUGUCUGCUGAAAUGUCGUAACAAUGAAAAUUGCGACAAAGUAUAUUUCAAAGCAGACAAAGGUAGUAACAGUAUAGGAGAGUGUUGGUUUGUCAAAGAAGGUGAUGACGAUGAGUUGCAAAUGAAGCACAUAUCAAAUGGUGAAGAAAUGGAAUCAUUUCAGGAAGUUUCUUAUUGUGGAGCUAAAGAGCCCUGCGAAUAUGAAAGAAGCAAGAACAUCUACGAUGGACCAACUGGUGUUGCAAAAGCUCAGGAACUCGUCGUGAAGUUUCUCAUGAGCUUUCAGAAAACCGAAUAUCCUGACAAGACACCAUCAGGUAAAUUUUACAAGGCAAUCUUUGAUAUCCAAAAAGCAGUUGCUGAAGAAUUCAUUUCAGUUGAUCCAUCGGCCAAAAGAAAAACAGUUGAAGAAAGAUUGAAGGAUUUGAAAAGCUUCUUGAAAGUGGCUACAGAAGGAGGCAGCAUUGAUUUUGCUCGUGCUACUUUAGGAAAAGGAUUGUUCACUUUUAUGAAGAAAAAGAUCAAGGACGGUCUUCCAAUUGACGAGAUCGAUAAAGCAGCCGAUGGUUAUCUGAAAAGUAUUAAAGAUGAAAUUGGAGAGCAAAGUUAUAACCAAAUUAUCUCUAGUCAAGGAGAUAGUACAUUAAUGUUUGCCAUGGAUACUACUGGAUCAAUGAGAGCUGAAAUUGCAGCUUCUGAAACCAUUGCAAAAUCUAUCAUCGACGCAACUCGUGAUUUUAAAGUUGACUACAUUUUGUCACCAUUCAACGAUCCUGGAACUGGACCAGUCACUUACAAGAGUGAAAAAGAACCUGCUGGAUUUAUCACUGCCAUCUCCAACUUACGUGCUAGUGGUGGAGGAGAUUGUCCUGAACUUGCCAUCAAAGGUAUGCUUAAUGCUUUGGAUCAAGGACCUAAAUAUGGAAGCCCCAUGUUUGUGUUUACUGAUGCGACAGCUAAAGACGACUCAGCUGAGAACUUAGAAGCUUUAAAGUCAGCUGCAGAUAUAAAUUCUGCAACGAUUGCCUUUUUCACAAAUCUCAAUGGUUGUACUAGAAGUGGAAAAACAGGAAUUGACAGUUACAAGGAUAUUGCUUCACACACGUCAGGUCAAAUCUUUCCCCUGAAAAAUGAAGCUGAAAUUUUAAAGUUGAAAGACUAUGUUGAGAGCAGUUUGAGUCGAGACACAAUGAUUGCAUCAGGAGGUACCAUCAAAAGCAAAUCAAAACGAUCUGUUUCGCCUGGACAAAACAAAUUCUCAGUUGACGAUGGCAUUGCCAAGUUAAUUGUUUCAAUAGCUACCAGCGCUCAAAACACAUCACAAUUUGUUACACUGACAGACCCAGCUGGAAGAACUGUGACUGCAUUGAACACAAUGUCAAUGAUCCGUAUUUUCCAAAUCGACAAUCCACCAAGUGGUGUAUAUAGCUUGGUGUUCCCAUCAGGAGCUGGAAAGUAUGAAUACACGGCGGAAGCUGUUUCAAAAGAUGCUAUUGAGUUUGCUCAUAACUUUAUGUAUCAAGAAAACCCAAGAAAAGAAUAUCCACCAUUCUCAUUGUAUAAUCCUAUUACAGGUGUUGAAAACCAAAUGAUCAUUCGCCUGGGUGGUGUACACAGAAUUGAUAUGAGCACAAUUCGAGUUGAUCUUGUGGAUCUUCAUGGCAAAGCUUUGAUGUCCAACUUAAAGCUGUCAGAUUUAGAUGCUGCUGAUGAAGUACUCAGCACGAUGCUGACACCACCAACAGAAUCAUUCAGAGUCAGAUUAACUGGACAAACAAAAACUGGUGCGCCAUUCGAACGAAUAUCUCGUGGGGUAUCAAAAGCUUCUAACGUAUUCGUCCGACCAAUGUUUGCUGGAGAUGAGUUUACAGUUACAUCAGGUGAAAGAAACGUAGCUGUUCAAGUUCAAGCUCUUGUUUUUGGCUCAAGUGAAUCUCAACCUUUAACAUUCACAGUAAAGGCAAGACGUGGAAGCAUCACAAGAUCUGCGUCGAAAAAUAUUCGCAAGAUGGGUUACGUGAAGUUGAUCUACAACGCACCAGCUGGCAUGAAAGGAAAGACGGAAACUAUUGGAGUCACUGUAACCAACACAAGAACAGGAGAAAAAUCCACCAAUAUCUUUUCCCUCUUAUUGAAAUAAGCAACGAACUUUUUACUUUGAGUUACAAAUUAUGACCUUUA